AUGCGCAUCUCCAAGUAUGUGCCGUUCCUCGAGGCCAUCUUGCCGCUCGCGCUCGCUCAGUACAGCACACCUCCGCCGCCUACCAAUUCCACCUGCUCCGUAGACGCCUACCAAUGCUCCGGUAACACUUUCCAGAAGUGCGCCGCCGACGGAAUUUGGCAGGACAUUGCGAAGUGCAGCAUGGUAGCACGCUGCUCUGCACAAUACUCUGUCACCGCGGGCCGUGGUGGCUGCUUGCCCGACGCCAACGUCAGCAACAGCGCGAAGCAUUGCUCAGUCAUCGACGAGCGCCGCUGCGACACCAACAACAACCUGCAGGAGUGUGCCGAUAAUGGACAGUGGGGCACGAUCAAGAACUGCACCAAGACUGCUCUGUGCUCUGCGGAGAAGACUGCCACGGACCAUGGAGGUUGUUAUCCCAUUGAAGACGACCACAAGCUCGUCCAUACUGAGUGCUUCGAGGUUGGUAUUCAUCGGUGCUCCAACGGCAAGAACAGUCUCGAGACCUGUGGCGACGAUGGGAACUGGAAGACAGUCAAGCAAUGUAAGGAGGGCGAGACCUGCAAGAUCAACAGCAAGUUCUUCGACGGCGGCCAGUGCCUUCCGCCAUCGCCUGUUUCUCCUAGCGAGCCCUCUCCCGGCCCUCCAAAGGACACUGAUGGCGAGAAGUGUUCCGAGCUCAACGCGUACCGCUGCAACAACAAUGUGCUAGAGAACUGCGGCAACACUGGCCACUGGCCCAUCCAUCAGUGGAAGGAAGUCAAGUCAUGCCUGAAAAGCGAGACGUGCAUGGUCAGCAACCAGUACAUAAAAGGCACGUGCGUGCCUUCAUACGUUCCCAGCAACCCAUAUCCUGCACCUCCCGCGGAGCCUUCGCCCGCCCCUCCCAAGGAAUCCUCGCCUACUCUUCCCGUAGAGCCCUCUCCCACUCCCCCCAAGGAUACCAAUGGCGAGAAGUGUCCUAAGAUCAACGCGUACCGCUGCAACAACAACAUCCUCGAGAAGUGCGACAACACCGGCCACUGGCCCACCGGAUACUGGAAGAAAGUGAAGUCAUGCCUGGAGAGCGAGAUGUGCAUAGUCAAAGAACAGUUUUUUGGGUGCUUGCCAUCGUACGUUCCCAGCAAUCCCUACCCAACUCCUCCCGCGGACCCAGCUCCUGGCCCUCCCAAGGAGUCCUCGUCUACUACUUCCACGCCUACUCUUCCUACGCCUACUCCCCCCAAGGAAUCCUCGCCUGCCCCUCCCAUGGACGACGAGCGAUGCCAAAACACACAGGCCCGCUGCAACGAGAACAUGAUUCAAACUUGUGAUGGGGAGUUUUGGAGCGCGGGUUCGAGCUGUGGCAAGGAUAACGUCUGUAUUGAGAACUGUGGCCGCAAGAUGUGCAGGCCUUACUGCAUGAACAGGGAAGAGUACUACACUGUGGUCGGCGACAGCAACAACUCUUCGACUACCGAUGCUGCGCCUGUGGUCGAGCGCUCCGAGCUCGAGGCCUGCGAUCGGCCUGGGCUUGAGCGUUGCAUGUACGAUGCGCCUGUUCGUACGCAGUCGUGUACUAAUGGCACUUGGGUCGACAAAGAGGUUUGCCCUGAGGAUACAAUCUGCUGGGCUGACAACGAUGGAGACGAGACUGCUGAAUGCGCACCGAUGCCUGAAAUUCCACCGCAGGUCAACAAGACGCGCUCCGAGUCCUGUGAUCGUCCUGGCCUCGAGCGCUGCAUGUACGACACUCCCAUUAGAACCCAGUCAUGCACGAACGGCACGUGGACCGAUAAGAAGAUCUGCCCUGCUAACACCAUCUGCUGGGCUGAUAACGAUGGUGAUGAGACCGCCGAAUGCGUCCCGAGUCCCGGCCUCCCACCGCAAGCCAUGAAUGCGCGCCCCAAGACCGAGUCGUGUGAUCGUCUCGGUCUCGAGCGUUGCAUGUACGACACUCCCGUCCGCACCCAGUCAUGUACCAAUGGCACCUGGACCGACAAGGAGAUCUGCCCCGAGAUGACCCUGCUGAAUGCCUACAAGAAGCCCGGCCUCCCACCGUACGUGCGCUCUGCUUCACUCUCGGCUCGUAGCGACUGGCCCACCGAGCCUUGUCGUCCUGGCCAUUUCAACUGCGACUCCGACCGCUACAGCCUGCUUCUCUGCCGCGCGGACAAGAAGUGGCAUUUCAGCAAGAAGUGCCUUACACCAGGAGACUGCAUGGUCGACGGCCCAGGUCAAGCUCACUGCGAAAGCGGCGAGAUGGAUCCACCCAAGGCCAAGCGCUCUGAAUGCAAUUCGGGCGACCGGGCUUGCGACAAAGACCGUCGGUUCCUAUUCACGUGCAACGACAGCGGUAACUGGGACGAAGCUUUCCAGUGCUUCCGCGAGGGGUACUGUCGGCCUGACGCCACUUCGCCAUUGACUUGUGCAGGCUGGCCGUUGUUUGACGACAAUGACGGCGCGUGCAAGUCUGCUUGCGAGGGUCUAUAUUAUCUGUACUGUAUUGGUGUAAGUUCCCGAAGUGUGUUUGGUUGA